CCCCACUGCUCCAGGCUCUUUGACUCCCCUCAAGCGCUCGGCAGGCACCAGAAUGCUCACAAACACGAGCAAGCAGCUCAGCGAAACUCUCCGGCCAACCACCAGUAGCCAUACCAUCCACUCGCUCUGUUCCCCGCUGAUCAACAUCAACAACACACCUCAUCGAUACCAUUUCCCCACUUGCCGGGCAUGGACCAUACCGCCUGUGCAGCCGGAUUUGUUAACGUGUGACCGGAACCCAUCCAGCCGCGGCAGCACCUUCUUCCUUCCAGCUUGGUCCCUCAUCAGAGUUUUCUGGGCGUUUCGACUACUCCUGACGCUCUCUCCCCUACCACGGAUGUGGAUGAUUCUUCUGCUGAUAUUGACCUCAACCUCCGCUCGUGAAGCAACGCGUUUCUCUUUCUCUUAACUUCUUUCUUUUCGGUUUUUGAAAGGAAAUGGAACAAGUUAACGGGAUUUGAUGAGAAGGAAAGUGGUUAAGGUUAAUGGGAUUCUUGAAUCUCUUGUUUGGUGUUCGUUUCCAUAU